UCGGUUUGGAGCGCGGCGGAGUCGGACGUUGGGCGAUCGCGAAUGAGCGAGGCGGUCGACAGUUCGUGUAAAUCUUGGUUUCGUGUGAUGCGUAAACAUUAGUUCGUGACGCGUCGCGCGUCCUCGUCAUCAUUGUCGCAUAGAUCGCGCGACACAAAGAUAUAACAGCAACGGCAAAGUGCUUCGCAUUUCUACCGGGUGAAUUCCAACGAACGAACGGAGGAUACGUGCGUGCGUAACAGAGCCAACUUCCGAGAUGUGGAGUCCGACGCACGUUCAAGUGACAGUUCAGAGGGCCAAGGACUUAUUGACCAAAGGAAAACACAAGACCAACGACUGCUUCGUAACGAUCGCCCUCGGUAAGGAAAAGUACCAGACGUCAGUGAAGGAGAAGGCUACCAAGGACGUGGAAUGGCACGAGGAAUGCGAGCUACUCAUACCGGAGCAGGGAAAUACCGCGGAGAUCGUCCUCACCGUCCUGCAUCGCAAUUUCCUGGGUGUCGAUGAAUUCCUCGGCACCGUCAGCGUACCACUCUCGAGCUUCGACGUGUACGAGAGGCCCAAGAAUAGAUGGUACACCCUUAACAGCAAACCAGGUAAAGAGAAUACGAAGGAAAGAGGCGAGCUCGAGGUGAGGAUCGGCUUUAUUGUGAAGGCUGGAAGUCUGACUGAUCUAAGCAAGAAGGAGCGUCAUAAAAGUUCCUUAGGCCAGUUAUCUACAGCUGCACAAUCAAUCGGCGGUAGUUUGCUCAGUAUCGGUAGUCUCGAAAAACGCAAGGGUCUUAAAAAACUGGCCAAGUCGAUCGGAAAUAAAGUUAAAGGGAAAAGCAAAAGUCGGCUCGAUGGAAACAAUUUAGAUGAAAAGGAAGAACACCAAUUCAGGAUUACGCGUCAGGAACCAGGUGAAGCUGAUCCUGGUGUCAUUAGCGAGGACGAAGAUGAAUUUACGUUUGACGAUCUGUCUCAUAAAAGCUCGGCCUCGUCACUGAACGCACCCAUGCCGGGCACGAACAACAAUGGAAUUCCGAAUGGUUCACAGAGCAAUGUCUCCAGUGAAUUGCACGUGCCACCGGCGCCAAUUAACGCCGCGCCAAACAAACCUCCACGAUUUGCCAUGAGCGCGUCUGCUACGAAUCUGUCAAAGGUCGACAAUUUGACGAAGGACGACGAGUGGGGUUUGAAGCUCUACGGCAAGCAAGCAAGCAGCGUACCUAAAAGAUGGGACAAACCUAAGAUCAUGGUGGACGAAUCGCAAGAUAACAUACGCGAUGCAUCGCCCAUUCGUUCACCAUCACCUGUCGCAUUUAGAUUGAGAGAUCUUCCGGAACCGCUAAGUCCAGCACCAAGAGAAAUUCUUCAUCCAAAAAACAAGGACGAGAAGUUUGCGAGCAGAGAGAAGCUCGUCGCGAGCAAGGAGAAGCUCGCCAUGAGUAAAGAGAAGCUUGCCAAGGAAGAUAAAGUAAAGGAUAAAAAGGACGACAAACAUGGUCCGCGGAGUCCUAAAGAAGAGAAGCACGUAAAGAAGGACAAGAAAAAGGAUAAUAAGGAGAAUAAGUUUAAAGACGCUAAUGAUGAGAAUCAUCUGUCUUCUGAAAGAAUUAUCAUCGGUGGCGAAGACGCGAUUAAGAAUGCCGUAAACUCUAAAAGUCGCCUGCCGCACGAAGUCCUUAAUCAGUUUGAAGGAAAAUCAAGAGAAGAUAUAAUAGAACUAGCGUUGCAACUGCAAGGACAAAUUACGGAGAAAAACAAGAGACUCACCGAUUUGGAAGAUUAUAUCGAUGCACUGCUGUUACGCGUAAUCGAAUGUUCGCCGCGAUUACUUCAGAAUCCAUAUCAGAGGCGACUGUCGUCCCCUGGGAAUCAGUAAAUCAUUAAUCCUUGAUAAAACCUUCCUGUUUCCACUGUAGGACCCACUUGAGGUAUAUUCCCUUUGAUACCUUAGUGAUACUUUCUUUAGACAUGACUGAUGAAAUGCAAAUGACUAUUUGUUAUAUUAACAUUGCUUGUAUUUUAAUUUAUCUUUUCUCUUGAGCUAUGGCUUAAGAAAAGUAUAAAACGUCCCCACAGCAGCGUUGCAUAUAAAAGAAAUUUGUUUCCCCAUAUUUAUUUGUAAUUUAUAUUUAACACUGCGAAAAUAAUUGGAUUAUAGGAACACAAGUAAGAAAUAAUAAGUAAAUAAUAAUUUAUUCAAAGUUUUACUUAUACUAUCAAUAUGAACAAUGAACAUAGGAUGUGAAAGUCAGUUGGAAAUGAUUUGAAAUUUGUUCCAUGAUUCUCUGUCUUCCCAAUAUACUGAACCAAAAUCAUUAUGGCAUGUUCGAAAGUUUUUAUUUGUUCAUGAUUGAGAUUUCCGUCCAAUUGCCAAUUUGCAGGAAAACUAACGAACACAAUUGUAUUUCUUUAUUAUUACCUGUUAUUGUAAAUUAUCUAUCUAAGAACUUUUUAUAAUGAAAAUAAGACUUAUAUAAAAUAGAGCUAAUAGAAGCUGAAAUUUGCACGAACUAAUGUUCGAUAAAAAAAUGUGCCUUCUGUCUUACAUAUGUGCACUUAUUUUGAUUCGGACCAUGCCUUGUUAAUUAGAGCAUUGUUUAAUUAAAAGCAUUGUUAAAGAGAGAUAAUAUUUAAAUGUUCAACGUGUUAUAUAUACAAUGUAAUAAAUUUCAAAUGUUUAAAA